AUGUCCAGGUCAUCUAAAAAGCACAUAAUCUCUCCUGAUGCUCAUAGCACGUGCAAAAGAUCUAAAUCCACCACUCACGCGAAUAAUGUGAAGCUUUCUAAACACACUGAUCAGUCUGCAUCAUACUCUGAUCUUCCUACAGCUACACUAGACGUGCACCAUGUACUUGGACAUGACCUGUCACUACCUUGCAUCUCGCUUGUAGAUAUAAAUAAGAGUAAUCACCUACCGCCUACCCCGACAUCAUUUGACAGCCCACACAUUACACGUUGUGAGCGGUAUUUAGACAGUGCGGUUGACCCCAUACACACAAUAAAUCCACAAUCGGUCAUCCUGUGUAAUGGCCAACAGAGUGCACAUAAGCCCACUUACAGUAGCCAGCCUAAUAAUGUAGAUCUCGACUACUCACCCAAACAUAUACCUUAUCCCCCAACUAAGUACGCACAAGAUGACCACCCGGUAGACAGUUGCAACAAAUGUUUAUGCAACCAAAUGAACCAUAAUAAUGUUGAUAUAGACUCUAAUAAUCUCACCAGUGAUAGUUCUAAAAGCAGUCAAAUAAAAUCUAGCCUCACCCAAACUAUUCAAGACCUAUUACCGUAUAAAUACCUAAUCAGUGUUCCGGAAAAUCCUGAUCUCGAAAUUAUAAAAAACACUGAAAAAAUAAUUGACCUCAUAUCAGCUGAAGUGCUGAAAAGACUUCAGUGUAUGCACAAUGUCAUUGCGUAUAAUGUACCUGAUAGUACGAAUCUAAAGCUUGCUAAAAAUACUCUACUACAAGAAUGUGGACUGUCGCAAUCUUGGUGUGUAGCGAGAAGAUUACGUAAAACACAGACUAAAGCCUCUUGUCCCAUUCUAUUUCAGUUUGGUAGUAUCAUAGAAGCCAAUCACCUCCUUAAAAGCCAGUCUUUACUGAGGCGCAUUCCAACCUUUAAGAAAGUUAGAAUCACCCAUGACAAGACUGCCAUCCAACGUCGAAACUCCAAUGAAGUGCAAAACAAUCAACCCAGCCUACGUGGUAGCGGCAGUUACAACGUUGGCCAUAGCGCUAUCCCUAAAACACCAUACCCCACCCCUCCCAAAAACGGAGGCACGCCGCAUACUGCUACUAGUCCUAAGAACAAGACUAGACACCAGGCAGCUGUAACCAUUCACCCUAAACCCAAACACUCAACUACAACAAAAUGCCCACCCACCUAUGCAUCUACAGUUUCAAAACACUCUUCUUGUGGCUCUGAUGAAAAGCCAAAACCCAAGCCUCACAUCGAUCGCUCUAAUAGCUAUAACCACCCAAACACUGUAAUGCGAAAUAAUACCAAAUUCUCUCUAAACACCCAUAAGUACUCCAGAUCUCUCAAUACACAACACGCACCUACUCAUAGUAGUCGAAUGCAUUACAACAAGCAUAAUGAACUGGCAGUACCCCCAUAUCCUAACGUGAGGUUACGCCCGACAAAAACCACACUUACGCAUGAUGCCAAUAAGCCAUAUAGCUUAAAACAUGCAGGUUACAGGAAUCAGCACAGCCCACACAACAGGAACACCAUCCCCGGCAACAAUGUCAGACAAUCAUGCAAUAAUUAUUUGAAACAUACAACUCCCCUAACUACCCGUAACAGGAGUAGAACACCCCACUGCACACAAGACAACCAUAAUGUUGGCCUGCUUGGGGACCCACCUAUCGAUUCUAAAUACUACCAGAACCAAACCACCUUUUAUAACUCUCUGAUCUCCCCUAAUUUGGCACACACACCACCUCAUCCUUUUUUAUCUCUCUCCCCCUCAACAGUAUUGCUAUGGGGUCUCCAAAUGUUGAGGGCGACAAUUCCACUAUUCUGA